AUGCCUGCUCACCUCAAUCCUUGUUGGGCCACAGGAGCAGUGACUGCGGUAUUGAGAAAGAUUUCCAUUUCUCCUGCCCUGACUGCAGCGACUGAGCACGCUUUCCACUAUCUGCGACCGCGGGGUGAAAUGGAUGUACGUUUACUCGUCAGUAUUAGAUUCAACGAAUCACGUCGCCUGGCCGAGCGACGUCCGAGAUUUAGCAUGCCUGCCCUCAUUAACGCAGCUGCCAAAUCGAUCAAUAGAGAGCAAGAUGAUGUCCAAUCUAUUCGUAAACUUGCCGAAGGUGGCUUCAACAGAGUCUUUGAGCUUACCUUGAACGAUGGUCAUCAAAUCAUUGCUCGUUUGCCUUAUCCUUCAACACAGCCUGCGUCGUUAGCUGUGGCCAGCGAAGUCGCUACCAUGGACUUCGUUCGCAGUCAUGGUGUCCCAACGCCACGUAUCCAUGGCUAUGCACUCGACUCUAACAACGAUGUCGGAGCUGAAUACAUCGUGAUGGAAAAGAUUCAUGCACAGCGUCUGGGUGAUGUCUGGAUCAAUUUAUCGGACAAGAAUCGACUCAAAGUGCUUUCUGGAAUCGUUGAUCUGGAAGCUAGGCUGUUUAGCAUUGAUUUCCCUGCGACAUGGCAAGCCGCGACUUCCUUUCGACCGGGUAUGAAGGGAGAUGCCUUCGAGCGAGUCUCUCCGCACCUUAUUCCAAAUGAGACAUGGCACCAACGGAGCAUCCUCCGGCAUCCAGAUCUCAACUUGAACAACAUAUUCAUCAACAGCGAAUGUCAGAUCGUGAGCGUCAUCGACUGGCAGCACAGCAAUAUUUUACCUCUGUUUUUGCACGCGGGAAUCCCCAAUUCUCUUCAAAACUAUGGUGACCCGGUCUCUGAGGAGUUGAGGAAGCCAGAGCUACCAGAUGAGCUUUAUCAGAUGGACGAAGGCGAUCGUGAGAAGAACCUUGAUCUUUAUCGGCGCCGGCGUACCCACUUCUACUACGUGGGACCUGCAGCUGAAAAGCUGGACAUGCACUACAAAGCCUAUGUUGAGUUGGAAGAGAUACACGGCUCGAGCCACACACUCCUCCAUUCUCAUGGCAGCAGUCUUGUUUGGGCCUUUGUUAGACCAUCUGCUAACUUGCGAGCUCAUCCUUCUAGGAUGAUGUCUGAAGCCAGCCUGCUUCGUAGAAGACUCUGUACUCACGCCUUGGCGCCCUGGGAGGGCAACAGCAUUCCUAUUAAAGCGGAUCUUGUACAGGCAGUACGAGGCUGGGCUACUCUGGCUCCUGGUAGCACCUGUCCAAUAAUGUUCGAUUCGAAAGAAGAAGAAGAUACUCUGAGAAUGGACAUCUUGCGCGAUGUUAUUGGCAUCAGCACACACGGCUGGGUUCCACAUGACGGGUACGAGGAUGCUGUGGCGCAGGCGGCUGCGAUGAAGACCCGUGCACUGGAAGUUGCGGGUGAUGACUUGGAGCGAGGACGAAUGAAACGCCCAGAAUCAAAAUCCUCUGGGACAUCUAACUUUGCGCGAUUGUUUUGCAUCGACACUGCUUUGUGCGAAACUAUGGUUGUGAUGGCGAACCGAGAACAGCCUUCAACAUGCCUAGCAGGUACUGGAUUGCUGGAGAAAGGACACAAACCCCAAUCGCACGUCAAGCGUAUUGCAGUAAUGUUCGCGCCCGCAUCUACAAGCUGGUCGGUCAUCACUUCCAAAAUCACUCAAAGAAUCGAUGACUCCGCCAGCUUGCCAGUUAUUGCAUGCCAGGUGCAGGUGCCUCCCGCAGAUACGAUGCGCUGGACGGAAAAAUUGAUGCAGCAAAGACGGAUCUUGAAAAUUCUACACAAGUCUGUCAUGGCUAGUCCGACACAACCUGGAGCCAUCGAGAAAUGGGGCAGUCUUUCGGCACUGCUCAUCCAUCUCACCACUUGUCGAGCAAUGCUGCGACAUUGUAGAGAGUCACUUACGAAGCAAAAUCUCAAUUCAGAGGACUUCGAAGGCAUACAGAUACUUCCUGACGCACAAGUCAUCAUGAAAAGUCCUUUCGACGGAGCUUCCCUUCUUGCUACAGAGAUCAGGAACGUGACCAUGUUCUUGAACGACGCCCACACACCACAAUGGAAGCUCUAUCAGGGCAUGAAGGUACCACCUCACAUCGACACCAAGCUGGGAGAACUGAAUGCCUCAGAGGAUGUCCCAUGGCCUGAUACUAAUCUCGAUCCGCUCAAGACUGAGAUUGUGGCUUACUGUGCAGAGCAUGGUUGGGACGAGCGACUAGAUCAGCUUCUGGACGCUUCAGACGGCAGCACUCAAGCUAUGCUGCUCCGCGAACAGUUCUGGGCAGAGGCCCAAGAUGAUCGUUCUGAGAUAUUGGCAAGCUCUCAUCAUAUCGAAAGAUAUAAUAAAGCGAACCAAGAGCUUCGGCUGAUUGUUCCACUUCACCAUAAUUCCGAUCAUCUCCUGUCAUCUCAACUUCACCUCCCUCGCUCCGUCUUGACACCACAUCGCACCGUCUGAUCUCACACCUACGACACUCUGGAAUGCUGCACAAUGCGGAAGCAUUACAUUUCCUGACUUAGAGCCUGACCCAUGCGCCACGCCAACAUUGCGAGGAGUACGAUAAGUCAGACUUGCCCUGAGAGCCGCCAGACUUGGUGUCCUGGCCGAGGGCAUGUGAUGUGCUUACUAUCGCUUUCGAUGUCCAACAGUCUUCGUGACUUGUUCGUGGUCCAAUAUUAAAGCGAGUCGAUGUCUUCAUCAAAGAGUCAAAGACGCUCGCGACACAUUGUUGGAGGUAAAAAUCGCAAAGCACCCCGGACACUUUGCAUCAGGCAGACGCCAAGUCAUCCGGCAACUUGUCCUUUCAGCAAACCGCGCCCUGUGGAAUGCAUUGAAGGAUGCAAGGCGUCAGUUAACUUAUGCAAGUUACGGUAACCCGCCGGGCGAAGCAACGAUUUUGCUCCGCCGACGCUCAGUUCCAACGCCGCAUUGGAACACCGCAUUUGCGCACAGCCCGCUGCGGCCUCUGCGGCCUCUGCGGCCUCAGAUUCUGUGGAGUCGCAGAGCGCUGUGCGGCCAUUUCUCGUCGUGAGACCAAGCCGUAAAUUCGGUGGGUGACUGUUGCGCAUGGAGCACAGUACGCGGACCAGUUGAGGCGCAAAGCACGAGGGAAGGUGGUGUUGCAGUUCAUCAUGUUGGCGUUGCGCACUUCCGCCUUCGAAAUUCAACUCACCGGCGCACUCUUAGCGCC